AUGCUGCUCUCCUGGGUCCUCGGCCUUCUCCUGCUGGCCACCGUCAGAGGAAGGGACAUCUGCUAUGGACAUUUGGGCUGCUUCUCCGAUGAGGAACCAUGGGCGGGGAUCCUUCAGCGGCCCAUGAAGUUAUUUCCCUGGGCCCCGAAGGACAUCGACACCCGCUUUCUUCUGUACACAAAUGAGAAUCCGAACAACUACCAACGAAUCUCCGCCAUGGACCUCGCCACUGUGGAGGCUUCAAACUUCCGAUUGGAACGAAAGACGCGCUUCAUCAUCCACGGCUUCAUAGACAAGGGGGAGGAGAGCUGGCUGACCAACAUGUGCAAGAAAAUGUUUCAAGUGGAGGAGGUGAACUGCAUCUGUGUGGACUGGAGACAAGGGGCCAAGACAGACUACACCCAAGCCGUCCACAACAUUCGAGUGGUGGGAGCGGAGAUAGCCUUCUUAAUACAAGAGCUGACGACCCAGCUGGGCUACAGCCUGGAGAACGUGCACCUCAUCGGCCACAGCCUGGGCGCGCACGCGGCCGCGGAGGCGGGCAGGAGGCUGGGGGGCCGCGUGGGCAGGAUCACAGGACUGGAUCCGGCAGAGCCGUGCUUCCAGGGCACGCCUGAGGAGGUUCGGCUGGACCCAUCCGAUGCCAUGUUUGUGGAUGUGAUUCACACGGAUUCCGCACCUAUAAUCCCUUUCCUAGGUUUUGGAAUGAGCCAAAAGGUGGGCCAUUUGGAUUUCUACCCAAAUGGAGGAAAGCAAAUGCCUGGAUGUCAGAAAAAUAUCUUUUCAACCAUCGUUGAUAUAAAUGGACUGUGGGAAGGAACCCGAGACUUCGUGGCUUGCAACCACCUGAGAAGCUACAAGUAUUACUCCAGCAGCAUCCUCAACCCCGACGGCUUCCUGGCCUACCCGUGUGCCUCCUAUGAUGAGUUUCAGGAGAAUAGCUGUUUCCCUUGUCCAGUCGGAGGAUGCCCCAAAAUGGGGCACUAUGCGGACCAGUUUCAGGGGAAAACCAGUGCUGUGGGACAAACAUUCUUCCUGAACACAGGAGAGAGUGGGAACUUCACUCGUUGGAGAUACAGGGUAUCAGUCACACUGGCUGGGAAGAAGAAAGUGAGUGGAUACAUCAGGAUUGCUUUAUAUGGAAGUAAUGGAAGCUCAAAACAAUAUGAAAUUUUCAAAGGAUCCCUCAAACCAGAGGCAAGUCACAUGCGUGACAUUGAUGUGGACCUCAAUGUGGGAAAAAUCCAGAAGGUUAAGUUCCUCUGGAACAACCAUGUGAUAAAUCUCUUCCGGCCCAAACUGGGGGCUUCCCGCAUCACAGUGCAGAGUGGUGAAGAUGGAACUACGUACCAAUUUUGCAGCGGUGACACAGUGAAAGAAGACCGUUUACUCUCUCUUUCCCCGUGUUAAA